CUAAUUCUUCUUUUUAUUAGUUAAGCCUCCAGCACCAAGAAACCUAACCGCYAUCAACAUCAAGAAAACAUCAAUGACCAUUCACUGGAGCCCWCCCCUUUACCACGACACAUACAGCGUAGAAAACUACUUAGUUAAGUACAAACAGUUCAGCAAUUCUUGGAAGAACCUUGAAGCUGGUGGACAGCACUCGAACACCUUGUUCCUGGAAGACUUAGAACCAGAUACGUCAUAUUCUAUCAAGGCUGGUGCUGUGAAUCACGUGGGUGAAGGAUUACCCAGUAAUGUGAUUGAAGUGAAAACRCACUCUGAUUUCUGGAGUACAUUCACCAAGGUUUUUGUCCCCSUCUUUGUACUGUUGUUGCUUGGUGUGAUUGUACUUCUUUAUAUACGACGCCGACGAGCGAGAACAGAAGCCAAGCUGGCGACCACAGAAGUGGAAGGAAAACGAUGUUAUGACGACUUUCAUGACGGAGAAAAAAAGAUCGAGUGUGGCGGAGACGCACUGGAAAUGGUAGAACUACCCUUGCGAUGUAGAAGUAUUCCACGUGACAAUCUUGUUCUUGAUAAAGAACUUGGCUCUGGUCAGUUUGGUGUGGUUUACAAGGGAUUCUURAAGGAGAAGGGWGAAGAUGAAGAUUUGCCGUGUGCUGUCAAGAUGUUAAAACCUGGUGCAUCUGAGAGUGAUUACCGGGAUCUGUUCAAUGAACUUGAGAUCAUGUGUUCUGUGGAAGAGCAUCCAAAUAUUGUCAACCUGCUUGGUGCCUGCAAGGGAGGAGGUGGACCUUUGUACGUGGUUGUGGAGUUCGCAGAGAAUGGAUGCCUGCUUGAUUACAUUCGGGAAAACAGAAUAACUACCAUUGAUGAUGAUGGGAACAAGGACGAAGCGUCAUCAUUGGACAACCAGGAAAAGAUUAGAAUUGCUUUGGAUAUUGCUAAUGGAAUGAAGCAUCUAGCAAGCCACAAGUGUGUUCAUCGUGAUUUGGCCGCUAGAAAUGUUCUGCUUGGAAAGGACAGGAUCGCUAAAGUAGCUGACUUUGGCCUCGCAAGGGAUGUGUACGAACAAGGAUUCUACGAGAAAUCGAGUUCUGGGGGUAAACUGCCAGCCAAGUGGAUGUCAAUUGAAGCACUUGAGACACUGAAGGCUACCUCAGAAAGCGAUGUGUGGUCUUUUGGYGUUUUGCUGUGGGAAAUAGAGACUGGAGGUAAAAUGCCAUAUGCUGGACUAUCCUACAUGGAUCUAGUCAAAGCUCUCAAGUCCGGUGUAAGACUACAAAAACCAAGCAGCUGCUCCGAUGAAUUGUACUCCAUCAUGAAAGACUGCUGGGAAGCGAACCCUGAAAAACGUCCGAAGUUCGAAGUCCUCACUCUUGUUCUUGACAAUCUUUUAAUGGCUUUCAUGGAAGACUGCUGAUAGCUAGUGCGCGUGCUCAGAACAUAUUAACAAAAAAGCGGUUUCUUCUAUCAGAUAACUUGAUGACGCAUUAUUCUUUGUAAUCAAAAUGACUGAAUAUCAGCAAGGGUUCCAGUCCCGAGACUUAGUUUGAAAUAGUUUGAACCCUUUAGCGGGUUACUAGACAUUUAUAACUCGACAAAAUUGUUUAGCAAUAUAGCAAUCUUGAUAAGCAGCGAUAAAUAAAACGGGGCGGAUCUAGGGAGGGGARGGGGAAUUGGGACGCGACCCCAUUUCAGUCUGAGAUUUUUUAUUUAUUUUGUUGUUGACCAAAAUAUCCCCCAGAACGCAGGGAAUAGCAUAUCUUGUAGCCACAUUAUAAAAUAUUUCUUGAUAGCAUGCUCCCAGAUCUCCUUUGGUUUCGUUUCGUCGAAGUUAGCUGUGAGGUUCCAGAACCUCUAACGCCGAAUUUUUUUUCAAUCCCCUUUAUCAGAUUCCUGGAUUCGCCCAUAAUAAUAAUCUUUUUAUAGAGCCGUUCCCAAUUUCUUGGAAAUGCACAAGAGAAAUUUUAAUUGCCCAAUAAAGWAAAGUUAAGAAAGCUUAAUACCGUAAAAUCCUGGUUCUAAGCCCAUACUUGGCUAGUCUGCUGAUGCAAAUAUCCCUUAUAAUAGUCCUCCCGGUUAUACAAGUAUAUGAGUAUAUGGGAUUUUACAGUAUGCAUAGAAUUCAAUUCUAUUCAAAAUAUUAGUAAAAACUGCAAAUAAUAUUUAAGAGACUUUUUUGAGUUCGGAAUCAUGAUGAACUGUAUACAGAGUCGUGCUYAUAUCGCAAGGUAAUUUGCUUGGUUUUAAACAGACGAUAAUAAAAAACGUUUUAGAAUCUCA